CUGUCUUGCGUACACCCACACAUGUACACACACUGCUCAACACACAUGGGUAGACAAACACGCUGCUCCACCCCGUAUCUACCCUCCUCGACUGGCUGGGCUUGUUAGCGUUCACACCCCUACCUGUUCACUUGGGAUUGUGACACCUGUCGGACACAAAAGACUCUCCUUUGGUGCACUGUGGGACUCACAGUUGCAGACUCGACUACGCCGGCUGGACUUUGAUCGACUCCAAGUCAAUCUGGGUACCCGCUGAUCACCCUGCCCGAGAGGCCUUCCAACAGGAUUUAACAACCUGUCUGGCUUCUACGUGAUAUUGGAAAGCUUCAACAAUCAGCAGCUGGGAUUUCAGCAUAUUUCUCAGGUGGCCUGUAAGGAAAACAAACCAAAGCAGAGAGGGAAAUGUCUAAAACAACCACAUCAAAAGUCUCAGACGGCGGCAGAGAAGCUGUGUUCAGUACCACCAAAGUGAAGAACAAACUGAAAGAUGACACCAGCUGGAUGCAGCGUCACUCCCAAUCUGAGGACAUGUCCACAGAAGAGAAACCAUGGGUAGCAGAAGUACGAGCCAGUCGUUUAGCUGGAACUGAGUCGAGUCCAGCAACCAGUUCCCCACCAAAACCCACUCCUGCACCCACCAAAGCUGAAGAUGACAAAGUGCCAUCAUCAGGAUUUAUGAUCAGAGGAAUAUUCACUAACACAGAAAAGACUGCUCCAUCCCCAACAUCUAACGACACGAGUGGUUCAAAACAAUUCAUUAAAAAACCCUCAGAAAACUACAAGAAACUAGCGCCUCACACUGUGAGGUCCUCAGACAACCUGGAGGACGGGCUUAGUUCGGAGGAGCAGGAGAAACGGACAGAGGCAGCCAGCAGUGUUCUGAAAAGCUCUGCAGGCAGACAGCGUUCUUAUGUGCUUUCUGCUGCUAAGAUGUAUGAGUCUAAAGAGCAAAACCCCGACACUUCAGUGGUCAACAACACUCUAUCAUUUGUGGCUAAAAGAGUGGAGGUUACUGAUGAUGAAGAUGACGGGAGUGCUGCCACUACAGCACCUGCCACCACUCUACCCUCCUCCCCUGCCACCAUCUCCAACACAUCUUCUACCAUCGCUCCUCAAUCCACUGCACAGGACGUAGCUGACAGCAGCGUGAAGACGAGUGUCACCACUACUGUUAAGACAACUGUCACUAGUGAUGAACCAGUUCCACCAGAGGUGCUGACAGAAGGAACCUCAUCAGUCUCCAUUAUAGAAGAUGGUCUUAAACCUCGGUGUGUCAAGGUGGACACUCCUAUGCCUGAACUCCUCAUGGACUCGGUCAUUUCUGAGGGAGCUGACAGCUCUCUGAUUGCAUUUGCUCCAGUAUCAGAUAUACCUGCUGCAACAUCUCCCACUGCGGCCAAACCUGCUGCAACAUCACCUUUAGAGUUACCUGCUGCAGUGUCUUCUACCCUGGCAUCACGUACCCCAGGUGUAUCUACAGUAGUGUCUUCUGUCUUGAUGUCUACCAUCACAGAUGAUGAUGCAUUGAAGACAAACCUUGAACUUGAAGACUCUGCAAACCCAAGCCCCAGCGUCGGCACACUCGCUGCCUUGUCUGACACGCUCAUUUCUUUUGACACAAACUCAACCAGCGUUGAGGUCAAGAAGCCGGUGAUGCCAGAAGAGGAAGUAGGCUCAGCGGGGGGUCACAUCGAGGACAGUGUUGAAUCCGAGCCAGUGCCUAGCAACAGGGAAGCAGUAACACACGAUCUCCUCUCUCUAAGUGAUGGCCCAGAGGAACCUACAGAGCCUGUUCCCCAAAGUCCAGGACGCUGGAGUCAGGAUUUGCUUAACGGUCUAGACAGUGAGCCCCACCCAGCAAGGACCAGCAGUCCCCCCCAUCUUCUGCCCGACAACAUUGUAAUCAACACAGUGGCACGCAGCCUCGGCGGGGUGCGAGAGGAGGAGAAGCAGACGGGAGAAACAGUGAUGGAAACACAAAGGAAUAGCACCACAGAGACAGUCACCACUAUAACCACCAAAAGUGUGAUCAUUACCGAUAAUUCACCGCCGUACCGCACAGAAGACAGCGAGAGUCCCCAGAGCUCGUACGUGACCACCAGAACAGUCACACAGUCCAGCUCGACUGAUCCGUUUGAUCCAUAUCCGAUACAGACCACAUCCGCGAACAGCUCCUCCAAUGUGCUCGAGCCUCUUUCAGAUACUUCCAUCACCAGUGUGUCACGUACGUUUGUGGAAGCAACAGAUCCCAGUCCGUCAAUCAAUCCCCGCUUGUGGUCGCACACAUGGGUAACCAACACAGAAGAAAGCCAAGAGCCUGAACCCAAAGGUCAUACCGUAGAUCAAGAGACAGUGGUCAAGUUUGAGAGAAAGUCCAAGGAGACUGACUCCCCGUGGGACAAAUGGACAUCACCCACUGUCUAUACGGUUACUACGGCAACAGAGGAGGAGGAGGAGGAUGAACAGGAGGACAGCCCUGUGGAGACGCAAACAGUAACAACAAUCACAACGAUCAGCGAGACAUACCAUGAGCAGAGCCUGUUAUGGAUCACUUUGAAACCCAUUCGGUGAGAAUGACAGAGGACGACCAGUAUGUUCCAAAACCAGAACCUGAGUCCAAAAAGCCUGUUGUGUAUGUGAAGUACCUCAAUGCUUCAGAGCUUUCAACGCAUAACCAAAGAGGGAGCUUUGACAGUGGGAUCUGAUUAUUUGAGAUCAAGCUCUUCUAGUUACUCUUACAGCAGCCCCUCAUACUACUCCAGCUCCCUGACAUCCCUGUGCACAUACUGUGGAGAGCCGGUGGGCAAUGAUGCCAAGAUCACCAUCGAUCAUCUCGGGAUCAGCUGCCACCCAUCCUGCUUCAAGUGUGCCGUGUGUUAUAAGCCUAUGGGAGAGCUUUUCGACAGCAUGUUCAUACAUCGUGGCAAAGUUCACUGUGAGAGCUGCUACUCCAGAGCCCUCGACUGAUUACCGAGCUUCUUCUACUUCGCCGUGUUCCCUUCAUGUUAGUUUACCUAAAAUACUGAGAAGUUGGCCUUUAACACGUGUGGACUAUAGUUGGAAUGAUGUGGUUUAAGGGGAACAAAGAGUUCUGUAUAAACAAUGUGACUACUUGA